AGAAAGUAGUUCUUCAAAUGUUGGCAACAAGGAAGAGACACUUGCACACAGACUAGACGUUGUUCAAUGGGCACUAUGAAGAUGUUGAAAGUGGCUCCUCUCAUCUUCUUGCUGAUCUGGACUGUCACCAGCAUCACCAGAUGGCCUUCACACACAAUCUGCAAGACUGACAAUUUGGAAGUGAAGUACAGAAGCUGUGGGCACCCCAUCAGGGAACUGACGGUGGAUGUGAGUCUAGCGAUUAAUGGGAAGAAAGUCCCAGUUUACUCCAAGAAAAUUUGCGAACGGGAUCACCCACAGUUUAGUUUCUGUGGGAAGAAGAAAGGAGAAUAUGUCUACUACGAAGCACCUAUUGACUUAGGAGUCCAUGAAAUCCCUCAGGGAGACUUUAACGUCACAGUAGAGAUGUUUAAUGAAGACCAUCAAACUAUUAUCUGUGCUGAUUUUACAGUCAGAAAUCUUGAAGAGAGAUUAUUGUCUUAAUUCUGUCAUGAAGUUGUGUCUGAGAGCAUUAUGAGCUACACCAUUUGUUUUUUGUUUGUUUGUUUUUAAUCUCCCAUCUGCAGUCUAUUGGAUGUAGUGCAGUGAAAUAACAAGAUAUGUUGCUCUGUGAAA